ACAAAGCGGCCCUAUUUCUUUUCAGCUAGAAAAAGUCGAAGGAUCAGAAAAGCGACGAUGUACGCCAGGACUAACACCGGCAGCACACACGGAGACUUUCAAGAUAGAAACGGUGUAAAUUAUGUGACAUCGACAGAGUCUUUCGGCCACUGCUCUCAAUUGUUCUGGAAAAAGGAUCCCAACGACUCCGGACCAAGUUCGACCAUCAGCUGGUGCGAUCAGCUCCCUUCGUCCUCAGCAGCCCUCUCCAGCUCCAGUCUCUCCUCAGCGUCCCUCUCCAGUUCCAGUCUCUCCAUGGAGUCCCGAGCGGCAGCACCUGCACAAGCACCAGCGACAUCGGCGUCAGAUGACAUGGAAUCAGAUGAGAGGCCGUAUGUCUGCGACCUGUGCACCUGCGCCUACAAGCAUGCCAGCUCCCUGCUCAACCACAAGCUCACCCACAAGACUGGAGACUUUAGGUGUGACUUCUGCAGCAAGCCCUACACCAACUAUAUGUCCCUGCGCAACCAUAUGCGAAUUCAUGGUCAGAAACGCUACAUGUGCGACCUGUGUGGCAAGGCCUUCCGUCUGGCCCGGUACCUCCGCAACCAUCAGAGGAUCCACGAUGACGGACCCAACCGCUUCGACUGUCCCUCCUGCUGCAAGAGCUACAGGACCAUGCUGGAGCUGGCCCAGCACCGCUGCUCUGCUGCUGCAUCCAACCAGAACCGGUUCAACUGCCCGUCCUGCUUUAAGAGCUACCGAACCAUGCUGGACCUGGCCCAGCACCGCUGCAGCGCCGCGGCCAAAAACCAGUCUGGUGGUCGUCGUUCCAAUUUCUCUGCCACACCUCGCCGUCAGCAGCAGCAGCAGCAGCAACAGCAACAGCAGAACAGUGCCAACUCCAUGAUGCAGCCACAGCAUGGAGGACACAGCCAGCAGGACCCUCUGCCCUCCCAUUGCGUUUCCCCCAUGUCCCAGGGGGGGCAGGGUGGCGUGACCAGCCAGUCUGUGCCUGACCCCCACCAGCAGGGCCGUCCCAGCUCAGUGUCCUCCCAGAGCAGCCAGCAGAGCAUGAGGAGCUCGUCCUCCAACAAACACAUCUCCUCCUCCAGUGCCACCCCAUCCUCCUCCUACUCCCUGCUCCAGCCCUUGGUGCCUGAGGUAAAGGAGUUGAGCUCGGGAUACACUAGGCUGAGCGCCAACCCCAUGCCCAAGCACCAGGACACUUUCUCUCUGGCCCCCCAGCGGCCCCUCACCACCAUCAACCCCAUUGGUCACUCCCUUCAUCCGAACGGAGCGCCCACGCUCAAGCCUUCCCCCGUGCCACGCACCAUCCAGGCCAUGCCUUGGGAGCAGCGCUCUCUCUACAAUCAAUGAGACCCUUGGAAACCAGCCACCCCCCCUUCACCUAGCAUCCUCCACCACCCCCACAGACCCCGCUCAUCCUCCCAACCCCUUUCGGACCCAGCAUCAAGAGGGAGGACUUUGGACGCCCCUCCACUCCCUCAGCCCUCCUUUGGAACGUUGUGUUUGGGAACAGGCCUGGGCACACUGAGAACUAGCUGAGAUUGAUUACUGAGUAGUUAGGUUUAAAAAUGUGUUGCCUUGACCCUUAUGUAUGAUGUAUGCCAUGUACUGGAUAUAAGUUAAAAUGUCUGUCCCCUAAUCUGUCCUCUCACCAAGGAUUUAUCUCCUCAUCCUCCUCUCCCACUCUAGUUAUGAAAAUAUCUAUCCUUCCCAUUAUGAAUAGUGCCCCCCCCCCCCCUUUAUUCAUAUGUUGAAUGAAACAAAAGGCUAUUUUUUACCAACAGUGUCCCAAACCCUGUAUGACAAGGGAUUCCGGGGCGCCAUGUUGUUGAAGUAAAUGUGACAAAAUUCUCCCUUCAGUCUGAUAUGUUUUUGAACAUAAGACAAAAUGUUUUAGUCCAAUGAGGUUUCUUAAAGGAGAAAAGGAGACUUUCUUUAUUGUCACUUUUUUUUACUUAGCCCUUCAACGUGCUCCAGAAUGAUGUUUGUGUAUAUUGUGCGUUAGGAAGUGUCCUGACUAUUUCGGAAAGCUAUUUUCAUUCUCCUUGAUGUCACAGUGCCCACACCUCUCAACCCCAAGCAUCAACAGAAAGGAACUCAACGGAAACAACCCAGCUGACUGUUGUUGACAUGGAGACGGCGGUUUGGCUCGUCUUUGUUAUGAAGACUGACACCCUGUGGUUGAAAAGGACCUCAAUGUUACCAGCAGCCACCACCGACAAGGACAGUUUGGAGCGGUUACCUUCUUUUAACACACAACUGAAAGCUCACUAUUUUCUAAAGUUGCAUCUGACUGGUGGCUUAUUGUUAUUGUAGUUUUAAUAAUCUCUUGGCUGGGAAUCAUAUCUAGAAGAAAACAGUACAAAACUCCAUCUCUUUAGUUUCAAAUUCACUGUCAACAGUUUUGUUCCUUUCACAUUGAAGCGCUUUAAAACAAGUGCUCUAUAAUUCUUACUGUCACCCCCUCCCCCCGCCCCCACACAUACA